AUGGCCGAGAAAAGCAGCUCGUUUUCGUUGCUUUAUCUCAGCGGUCUGGGGACUCUUGCGUAUCUGCUGUAUCUCUGCGGACUGGCAUUCUACCGAUUGUAUCUCAGUCCAAUCGCAAAGUUUCCGGGUCCAAAGCUUGCAGCGCUCACGUUGUGGUACGAAUUCUACCACGAUGUCGUGAGAGGUGGACAGUAUGUCUUCAAGAUCAACGAACUUCACGAUCAGUACGGACCAAUCAUCCGAAUCAACCCAUACGAGCUUCACGUUCGCGACCCAGACUUUUACGAUGUCCUCUACAGCGGCCCGGGCCAGAGACGCGACAAAUGGGUAUGGGCUGUCGAGCUCUUCGGCAACAGCUCGUCCGGGUUCGGCACCGUAUCGCACGACCUGCAUCGACUCAGACGUAACGCACUUAACCCCUUCUUCUCAAAGCAAGCCAUUGGUCGCAUGGAGCCCAUGAUCCGUGCGCAGAUCGAGAAGCUUUGUGCUCGUUUCGAGCGUUGUCGAGAGACUGCUGAGCCUGUUGACACGCUCAAGGCGUACGCGGCAUUGACUACCGAUAUCAUCACCAAGUAUUGCUUCGGUACCUCGUAUGAUUGUCUUGAUGACCCGGGCUGGAGGUGGGAGUGGCCAGAAGCCAUGGUUGACAGUACGAAGGGUGCUCAUUUGAACAAGCAGUUCAAGUGGGUUUUUCCAGCUAUGCAAGCGACGCCGGAGUGGAUCGUGGAGAAGGUCAAUCCGCCGGUCAUGAACCUCAUCAAGUUUCAGAAGGAUCUGGCUCGUCAAAUUGGCGGUCUGAUGAAAGAGGACACGGCCGAGCUCGAAAAGGGCAAAUCGAACAUCUUCACAGAGCUCAUCAAAGGCGACCUACCAAGCGAAGAGAAGACGCUCCCACGCCUCGUCGAUGAAGGUCAGACCAUGAUCGCUGCAGGCCAGGAGACCUCAUCCUUCUUCCUCAAACAGACAACUUACUACAUUCUCGCCGAUCCCGCGAUACGCGCCAAACUCAAAGCCGAACUCAAGCAGGCAAUCCCAAACCCGAGUGAGAUCCCAGCCCUUGCGCAGCUCGAACAGCUCCCCUACCUGCACGCAGUGGUCUGCGAAGGCCACCGCUUCUCCCAUGGCGUCGUCGGCCGGCUCGAGCGCAUCUCACCCGACAAGCCUUUGCAAUACAACGAUUGGGUCAUCCCAGCAGGCACGCCUGUCGCGAUGAGCUCUCUACUACAGCAUCGCAACUCAGACAAAUUCCCGAACCCGGAGAAAUUCGACCCUGAAAGGUGGUUGAAGAGCGAUGGCAGGCUCGAGAAGUAUCUGGUGGCAUUCAGUAAGGGCACGCGACAAUGUCUGGGGAUCAAUCUGGCCACGGCGGAGAUCUAUUUGACUCUAGCAACUGUCUUUCGGAGGUUUGACAUGGAGCUGUAUGAGACGACGGCGAGGGACGCGGAGAUCGCGCACGACUUCUUCAUCCCGCAUAGUCCAGCAGAUUCGAAAGGUGUCAGAGUCGUAUUCAAGUAG